GUGCUGUUAAAGCGCAGCGGCGCGGCACAUGCGCACGCGCGGGAUGCCAUAUUGGACGGAGGAGCUGCGCGAGCGGCCCGGUGGGAGCGGAGACCCGGGCAGGCAGCUAACUCACUGUGAGCAGACGCAACUGGAAACUACAGCUUACCAACAUAGCAGCCUUUACACCACUGCAAAAUGAUGACAUCAGCAGGUGGGAAGAUCCAGAGCCCAACCAAUGGCAGAGCAGAACCGGGUCUCUCAGAUGUGGAAUGUGGAGAGAUGGAUAUGGACUUUAACUGGGAUGAGUAUUUGGAGGAGUUGGGAGCUACAGCAGCCCCCCACACAUCAUUCAAACAUGUGGAGAUCAGUCUUCAGAGCAGCUUCCAGCCCGGAAUGAAGCUGGAAGUAGCCAAUAAAAGCUGUCCAGACACUUACUGGGUGGCAACCAUCAUAACCACAUGCGGACAGCUGCUGUUAUUGCGAUACUGUGGUUACGGGGAUGAUCGAAAAGCAGACUUCUGGUGUGAUGUCAUGGCUGCUGAGCUUCACCCCGUGGGCUGGUGCACCCAGAACAACAAACGACUGCAGCCGCCUGAAGAUAACAUUUAUCUCAGAGCAGCUAUUAAAGAAAAGCACAGUGACUGGACUGAGUUCCUCAUUAAAGAGCUCACUGGAUCACGGACAGCACCGGCCAACCUGCUCGAAGGACCCCUGAGGGGUAAGAACACAGUGGAUUUGAUUGUAUCCGGGUGUGUGUUGGAGAUUCGUGAUGCUAGUGAGCCGUGUGUGUACUGGGCUGCGAGGGUCCUGCGUAAUGUCGGUGGGCGACUGUGCCUCAGCUACGUCGGCCUGGAUGACCCUGCCCACUGCAUCUGGAUCUUCUACCUGGACACUAGGCUCCGCCCCCUGGGCUGGACCAAAGAGAAUCAGCUCUCAGUGGAGCCCCCUAAAGAGCUGCGGGACCUGAGGAGCGCUGUGGAGUGGAGUGAGGCUUUAGAGAAGGCCACCUCUGAAGCCAUGAAGAACCCCCUGCCCCUGGAGGUCUUUAAGGACCACGCUGAUUUGCAUAAGCACUCCUUCACAACAGGUAUGAAGCUGGAGAUGGUAACACCUGGAGAACCAUUCCACAUCUGCCCUGUAUCUGUCACUAAAGCCUACAAUGAGUACUUCUUCCAGGUCACUGUGGAUGACCUCACGCCAGAGGCCACGCCCUGCUCUGUAGUGUGCCAUGCUGAUUCGCCGGGCAUUCUGCCAGUGCAGUGGUGUCUGAAGAACGGGGUCGGGCUGGAGAAACCCAGAGGUUGUCAGUCUGGGGAUUUUGACUGGGCUGAUUAUCUGAAGUAUUCUGGUACUGAAGCUGCUCCAGAGGCCUGCUUUCCUAAUGCGUCUGUCAGCAGAGGGUUCUGUAAGGAUACCUGGUUGGAGGCGGUGAAUCCUCUAAACCCAGCAGAACUCUGCGUUGCCCGCAUCACUCAGGUCAAAGGUCGCCUGCUCUGGCUCAGAUUAGAAGGACUGUCUAAGCCUCUGUCAGAGUGUAUAGUGGAUGUGGAGAGUAUGGAUAUAUUUCCUGUGGGUUGGUGUGAAGCUAACGGCUAUCCGCUGACGGCCAUAAAGAAAACCAUCUGUCAGUCUCAGAAGAAGAUCGCUGUGGUUCAGCCAGAGAAACAGUUGGCUCCUUCACCUGUAGAAAAUGGCCCUCCUGACCUUUGCCGGUCUGUUGCAAUGGACACAGCCUCUGUGAAUGGAAAGUACUGCUGUUCGCACAUCUUCGUGAAUCAUCGCUGUUUUUCUGGCCCGUAUCUCAACAAGGGCAGAAUCGCUGAGCUGCCUCAGACUGUUGGGCCUGGAAAGUGCACACUCGUCCUUAAAGAGGUCCUGACAAUGUUAAUAAACUCCGCCUAUAAGCCGGGUCGUGUUCUCAGAGAGCUGCAGAUGGUGGAAAAUCCGAAGUGGAACUGUUUAGAGGAGACGCUAAAAGCCAAGUAUAAAGGGAAGAGUUACCGUGCCAGCGUGCGGAUCGUGCGAUUGGCUGAGCAGGUGUCGGAGUUCUGCCGGAGUGUGUGUGUGAGGCUGCAGUGCUGCCCAAACCUUUUUGGCCCGACGCUCAUCUCCGACCACUGCCCCGAGAACUGCGCCACACACACCAAGACCAAAUACACGUAUCACUAUGGUAAGAGGCGGAGAGUGGGACGUCCCAGUCUGGGGGACACGGUGCAGGACGGAGACUCGGCCAAAUCCUCACGCUGCAAGAAAAAACGCAAGACAAUCUUCGUCCAGAAGAAACGGCGCUCCUCUGUAGCAGCAUACAACGGAGAAUCACCACAGGACAGUGAUUAUUUCUAUGAUGUUGAUGAUAUUGAUGAUUCGGUGAGUGAAGAAGGCUCCAGCUCAGAGACGCAUGAGGAAGCCCAUCACCAUUCGUACCUGCAUGUAUCCAGGAGAGGCAGGCCACGCCGCUCAGUCACCCAGCGCAGGAUUACACACCCCGGGACCUCUGAGCACCCACCACUGCGAAGAACCACACGCUCACACUCCUACAUACACAACCAGCCCACCAGACACACACACACAAAGACUAAUCAUAUAGAAGAGGAAGAGGGUCGGCUGGUUUUGGAGAGGAAUCCUCUGGAGUGGAGUGUUUCUGACGUGGUCGACUUCAUCACGUCCACCGACUGUGCCUCACUUGCUAAGAUAUUCCAGGAGCAGGACAUUGAUGGCCAGGCUCUGCUGCUGUUGACCCUUCCCACCGUCCAGGAGUGUAUGGAUCUGAAACUGGGUCCUGCCAUAAAACUCUGCCACCAGAUUGAACGUGUCAAAGUGGCCUUCUAUUCCCAGUAUGCUAACUAAGGCUAACAUGCCUAUUCAGGCUAACUGGGCCAGUUCUAAUAGAGGCCUUUCUCUCAGUGGACAAAGAAAAACUUGACGAAUUCUCCUCAGGGCCUUCAUACAGAGCUCCAGACCUUCAGGAAGAGUGGAAAGAUUUUCAGCCAACCCGCCUUUUCAGGCUUCUCCUGGACUGAUGUUUUAUGCUGAAGUACACAAUGGAUGUUUGCUGAACAUUCAAAACUUUGUGUUUGAUGUUUUGUGGAACUUAUUCGAUGGGGAAGAAGUGGAGCAGGACUUUUGGACGACAUCCAGGGAAUAUCCAGUGCAUAAAAAAAACUUUCCAGGCAUCGGAGGGUUAAUUAUCUUGUCUGUUAAAGGAUGAUCAGGUUCAUCUGUGAUUGUUAAAUCCUUGUGACAGAAAAGACACACCUCUACUACUGUGUUAAAUGUUCAAAAUGUUACUUUUUGUUGUUCAGAGACCAAAUGAUUAUAUUUAUAGAGAUAAUUAGAUUUGGAGAAUCAGUGUAUAAAGUAAAAUAAUAUAUUGGAAAUAUUUAUUUUGGCCUCUCUCUCAGACUCUGGAAGCUCUCAUGUUAGUUCAUGUCUUCAGAUUGGCAGGAUACUUUCAUUCAUACAGCAAUCGUUAUUUCCACCACUUUGUUGCCGGACACUGUAUGGACAUGUUUUUUUAAUCUAUGCAAAAACAAAACAAAGGAAAAAAAAACACAGAACAUUCAUGGUGAAUUGUUUUCUACUCCUUUGCUGUUAGACCUGAUAUGAUCAUUCUGUAAAUAGCUUGUGUAUAGAAUGUAUUAACUGAUAGUAAAAUCUAGUUUUAAUACAACCCACACAA